AUGGCAUCCUCGGGGAGCGACGUUCUCGCAUGGGAUGUCGAACCUGGAAACAGCACAGACAGCAACGCCCUCAGCGCAAUCGAGUGCUUCCUUAGCACCGAAAACGUGACCGCUGUGCCGCACAGAGGCGAAAGGCAUUGCAACGCAACGUGGGACGGCUUAUCAUGUUGGCCCAUGACUCGAGCGGGGCGCUUGUCGCAAGUUCCAUGUUUCGAGCAUUUCAAUGGACUGUAUUAUGACACAACGAAGAAUGUCACUCGGAUGUGUUUCGAUAAUGGAACGUGGCAGGACAAGAGCGAUUAUUCGAACUGCCAAGCGCUCAUAUCGCUCGACAACCAGACUCAAACAUCGAACAUAAUGAUAUACUCCAUCGGGUAUGGAUGUUCCAUGGUGGCGUUGAUAGUUGCUAUCUGGAUUUUUGUUUAUUACAAAGACUUGCGUUGUCUUCGGAACACCAUUCAUCUCAAUCUCAUGGUCACAUACCUUCUGACAGCGAUCGUUUGGUUCACUAUCCAGAGACUGAUUCUCGUUCGAGAAUUCGGAAACUUCACCUGUUACCUCUACAUACCUCUAACGUACCUCAUGGGGACCAGUUUCUUUUGGAUGUUUGUUGAAGGUUUGUACUUGUACAUUCUUGUCGUGAAGACGUUUUCGGUGGAACUAGUGAAAUUGUCAGCGUAUAUGUUCAUCGGUUGGGGAACACCAGCCGUGAUCGUUUUCAUCUGGGCUCUCGUGAAGUACAGUCUCACCCAGGACGAAACGUUCUCAGAAAGCAGUCCAAACUGCGUGUGGCGAGUUAGCGAUAUGUAUGAUCUCAUCUUCAGCGUGCCCGUCAUCCUGGUGCUUAUCGCGAACAUCUUCUUCUUGGCUCAAAUCAUGUGGGUUCUGAUCACCAAGCUUCGCGUUGCCACGACGGCAGAAUCACAACAGUAUCGGAAAGCUGCGAAAGCUCUUCUGGUCCUUAUUCCUCUGCUGGGCGGUUGUUACAUUAUCGUCAUAACGACGCCAAAUGAUUAUAAAUACCUGCAAGCACUUUUCAUUCCUACUCAGGGCUUCACAGUGGCGGUUCUGUACUGCUUCAUGAAUGGCGAGGUGCGGAACUCGGUGCGCCAUCAUCUUGAACGGUGGAAGACGAUGCGGGCCCUAGGAGGUCAUCACGGGGGCGCCCGUCACUCGGUAUCAAUCUCGUACCGGUUCCACAACCAGGCGGCAGCCGCCACCAACAACUACUUACCCAAUGCCAAUAACCAAUGCCAACCAUUAGCAAUGCCCAGUAUCCACCAAAACUACCACCAUUGCAACCAACAACAGCCGUCGCCCAGUAACAGUCUCCUUCCACAUGAUCAAAACAACCACGAACAACACCAUUCCCACCACCAUCUCCUCCACAAUCAUCACCAUCAUCACUCAGUUGUCGGUGGUGGUGAUGGUGGCGGCAACAGCAACGGCGGCGUUAACGGUCGCAAACACCAGACGACCGGCUGGCAGCAGCAGCAGCAGCAGCCAGGGUUAGAUGCAGUGCAGCAGCAGCAGCAGCAGGUAGAUAACCGCUACGGCUCCGAGGUCAACGACGACCAACAGACCCUCAUGGGGGGCGAGCCCAGAGACUUGCAGCUUGAACAGCAUAAAGCAAAUUCGGUGGCUGAUCGAAAGUCGAAAGCACUUCCAAGUUCCAAGAAAGUGGUGCUCAUAUCUAUUGACGAGACGAACGACGUAAGCAGCAAAAACAACAACGACAGUAACAAAGAUCCGGACCUAUAUGUUGUCGUUCGUGCGUCUUGCACCUAG